UUCCUCAUUGGCUUUUCUUUUUUUUUUAUUGGUAUUUGCUAAAUUUUCACACAUGUAAAGUCACAACUUUAGAAUACAAGGUUGGGGAUAAUCACAACAUUGGAUCCUUUCUAGUUUAUAAAUUAUUCUGGCUGUGCAUAGAUCAGAAUGGACUCAGGGCUCUGAAGACAACCGAUUGGCACGUGUCCCGACCACGCACAUGAGCGCUUCCUUCAAACACGCAUAUGUCUAUGCCGGCAACGUUUGACUGAGAGCUGAUAAGAAUCUUGUUAGUUAGAAUGGCGGAUAUAAGAGACGAAAGAGGAAACCCAAUCUACCUAACGGACGAACAAGGCAAGCCAGCUCAGCUCGUGGACGAGUUUGGAAACGCGAUGCAUCUGACAGGUGUUGCAACCACCAUCCCUCACCUGAAGGAGAGCAGCUACACUGGUCCACAUCCGAUCACCGCCCCGAUCACGACCACCGAUACUCCUCACCACGCACAACCUAUCUCCGUGUCUCACAACCCUCUUGAAAACAUGGGCAUUUCUUCCUCGAACUCGAUGGAUGAAUAUGGUCAAGGAUCACGACAAGGAGCUAAUGUAACGGAUGAAACUAAAUCAAAGGUAGAGGGGCACGAUCCAUCAACUGCAACAGUGAGCGGAUCAGGAUCAGAAGAAACUCACGAGAAGAAGGGGUUCCUUAAGAAGAUUAAGGAGAAAAUUUCCGGCAACCAUAACGAUCCGUAAAACUAUUAUCACUCUGUUUAUGAAACUAUAAAGUCACAAAUACAUUGUAUUGUUAGAACUUUUGGGUUGCUUCUCUUUAGCUUGUUUGCAAAUAAAGUAGGGGGUAAAAUAUAUGAUCAUA